GUGGGAGCUGCCUGCUGUGACACGGUAGUGACACGAUAAUACCACUAAUCUGGCCUGGCUCAGUACCUCCCAGGCAACUGCGAUGACUCCUCCGUGGAUCAGACGCUACUUUCGCUAUCGGAUGCCUGACUAGCCCGCCAUCAUGUCGGGAAGGACAAGCAAGACUAGCUUCUUUCGUGCCCUCGAGCAUUUGGAUUGCUCCGAUGACUCUCAGGAAGAUGAAGAUUCUCUGGAGCGUCUUCUGUAUCGCGCAACGCCUACAAAAAUAAUAAUUUCGACCGCUGCCGCACCCAACGCGGAGCCUAUUGCGCUGACCCGGGCAAAUACGGCGCCUUCCUCCUCGUAUACGCACAAAGAACUUCGAGAAGAAGUGAGCGCCCAUAUUACGAACCCUAAAAGGCAGCCUCACUCUCCAGAAUCGAAUUUGAGGACGGUGAAGCGCUCCCAGACCACCGGCACGAUGCCUAACAGCACGCCAGGCCUUAGGAAAGAAGGCCCUGCCCUGAAGAAAAUGAGAACAAAUAGUAUAAUUAAGCUGGUUCCUGAGGAGCAGCGGAUAUUCAGAGAACUCGUUUUCUUCUUCUUCCCGAACAAUGAUAUCUCUCCCUCUCGCCGACUGCGCAUCCAGCGAGCACGGGAAUACGGUGCUCACUGGGCCAUAAAUUGGACUGAGAGCAUCACGCAUGUGGUCGUGGAUAAGGGUCUGCAGUAUUCUGAUCUUCUCAAACACCUCAAACUCGACUCUUUUCCGGAAAGCGUGGCUCUUGUCAAUGAGUCUUUCCCACCAGAAUGCAUCAGAUUUCGCUCUAUUCUGAGUCCAUCACAAGUGCGAUUCCGCGUGGAAGGAACCCCGAAAUUUGGCCAUAAUGAUGCCUUGGCUUCAGUUCCAGUUCAGGCUUUGUCAAAUGUGCCAGUCUCGGUGGAAUCUCUGCCCCUGAAGGUACCGAGGAAAGGGAAGGACAAGACCCCAGAGCCAUCACAACCCCCGAUUCAAGAGGCAAUGACGAGCAGUCCUGCUGCAUCCGAAGUAAUUGUCAGGUCUUCUGUCCCGGAGGACAGCCCUGAAGAGACUCGUCAACGUGAUCCUCUCGAUGAUUUGCUCGCCGAGGCGAAAGCAACUAGUCACCUGCCCCUUGACCCGAUCGACUGCUCCGACGAGGAACCUGGCGACUCUGAAAGUGAGUCAGAUUUAUCAGAGGCUGAUCAAUCCCGAUCAAGGGAGCACUUGCGAGGAGAGCCUGUCGUUGAAUUAUGGGCGCGCAAUUUUGCCUGUAUGCAAAAGUUUGAUCCCAAUGCAAAGCGCGAAAACCCAAACAACCGAACCAUCGAAGUCUUGCAACAAAUGCUAGAUUACUAUACGCGAACGGGAGAUCACUGGCGGACGCUGGCUUAUCGCAAGGGGAUAAAUGCGCUCCGGCGACAGACUAAGAAGAUCAUGUCAAGAACGGAGGCACGGUCUAUCCCUGGUAUUGGAGAUCGGCUGGCAGACAAGAUUGAAGAAAUCGUCAUGACCGACCACCUGCGGCGGCUUGACCAUACCAACGAGACGGAAGAAGAGAAUAUCAUCCAGGAGUUCCUCGGGAUCUAUGGAUGUGGCCUUGCCCAGGCGUCCAAAUGGGUGGCGCAAGGAUACCGGAGUCUGGACGACCUUCGUGAGCGAGCGCCUUUGACCAAGAAUCAGCGCAUCGGCCUGGAACGCUACCAAGAUUUUGCACAGCGGAUCCCGCGCAAGGAGGUCGAGGCCCACGGGGCGAUAGUGCGACAGGCAGUCCAGGCGGUGGACAAGGAUAUGCAGGUGAUCAUCUCAGGUUCUUACCGCCGCGGGGCUCAAGAUUCGGGCGACAUUGAUGUGCUUAUCACCAAGUCAGACGCCACUUUGGAAGAAAUUCGGUCGCUGAUCUUGGAUACCGUGGUGCCUCGGCUGUUCCAGGAUGGGUUUCUGCAAAUUGGUCUGCAGACUUCUCGACGGAACGGAGACGGUUCUAAAUGGCAGGGGGCAUCCAUGAUCCCGGAGAGCACAGUCUGGCGACGUCUAGAUCUGCUGUUCGUUCCAGGAGCCCAAUUUGGAGCGGCGAUGAUAUACUUUACGGGCAACGACAUCUUCAAUCGUAGUAUGCGAUUGCUUGCUCGGAAGAAAGGGAUGUGCUUGAAUCAGCGAGGACUCUAUACAUAUGUGCUGCGUAAUGGGCAGUUGAAGGUCAAUCCAGGCCAACUGGUUGAAGGUCGCGAUGAGCGGCGGAUCUUCGCAGUGCUAGGGGUACCCUGGCGACCUCCAGAGCAGCGAAUUUGCUAGAAGAGGACAAGCCCAAUUAUUAUUAUGUUAUUAUUAUUAUUAUUAUUAUUAUCCGAUUCACAAUU